AUGCGGACUGUACACCGGACUGCAGACCCGGGCACGACGCGCCCACUCCCGCGCCGGAACCAAGGUCCACUGCUCGAGUUGCUUCCGCUUCCGCGGGGACUCUCUGAGGGACGGACCCGCGGGAGCACAGCUUCCGUCCGGGCGCUGAGGCGUCCGCGUUCGUUUCCAGCCCGGCCUCUCAGCUUCGCUCCUCGCUGGACUCGCUGGGCUCGCGAGGCCCGCGGGUCCGGGCCGGGGACCUGGCGAGACUCCCCGCGGCCCGGAGCACUCAGCCCCUCCGCUCCACUCCCGGUCUCGUCGCCUUCUCGUUUGACCAGAAUUGUCUUUGCAGGUUCUCGGGCAGCCCCUGUCACCAGCGCCGGGCUGAAGACGCUGCUUCCGGUGCCGACUUUCGAAGAUGUUUCCAUUCCUGAAAAGCCCAAGCUUAAAUUUGUUGAAAGGGCACCACUUGUGCCAAAAGUAAGAAGAGAACCUAAAAACUUGAGUGAUAUACGGGGACCUUCUACUGAAGCUACUGAGUUCACAGAAGGCAAUUUUGGGAUUUUGGCACUUGGAGGUGGUUACCUCCAUUGGGGCCAUUUUGAAAUGAUGCGCCUGACAAUCAACCGGUCUAUGGAUGUCAAGAAUAUGUUCGCCAUAUGGCGAGUACCAGCCCCUUUUAAGCCCAUCACCCGCAAAGGUGUUGGGCAGCGCAUGGGGGGAGGCAAAGGUGCCAUCGAUCACUACGUGACACCUGUGAAGACUGGCCGCCUCUUAGUAGAGAUUGGCGGACGUUGUGAGUUCAAGGAGGUGCAAGGUUUCCUGAACCAGGUUGCCCACAAGUUACCCUUCCCAGCGAAGGCUGUGAGCCGUGAAACACUCGAGAAGAUGCACAAAGAUCAGGAGGAAAGAGAACAGAACAACCAAAACCCCUGGACUUUUGAGCGCAUAGCCACUGCCAACAUGCUGGGGAUACGCAAGGUGCUGAGCCCCUAUGACUUGACCCAGAAGGGUCGGUACUGGGGCAAAUUCUUCCUGCCCAAACGUGUGUAGCAAGAGCAUAGGAACUCACAUGCCUCGGCCACUGAGAGAAGAAAUCUCCGUUUUUAUUCCCUCGGCUUCCCCUAAAAGCCUCUGGGUGGCUCUUAGUAACUAAGGAGCAGCAUAUGAGUAAGUAAUGUGUGAAAAGCUCUCAUAUCUACUGAUUUUUUAAUAAUUAAAGUUGGAGCAUCACCUCAGAGUAUAACUUCGCAUUGGUCACCUUCAUCCCUUAGGAGAGUAAGGAUGAUUGGUGAGAGCUCUGGCUUCUCCUGAAUUAUAAAAUAAUUGUCUUCAGGCAUUUCAUACCAUUGGUGCAAGCCUGGCUCAAGUUCUGCAUGCCUGUUAGGUGUCCACACUGCAGGGGCUGGCUUCUGUGACAUUUUCCUAGUCCCAAGCAAGGACAAAUGACAGAACAUAAGGCAAUGGGUUCAAAAGAUGUUUAUUGGUGCCCACCUAGCCAUCUUCCCUCAGUCUCGGAAGAAGGGACAGUGGACAUUGUGACGAACACAGCUCAUGGGAGAGGGACUAAUGGCGAAGUCGGCUUCUGUGGUGCUUUCUUGGUGGCAGGAGGGAGUGUGUUGGCGCUACCUUUGUGUCCCUACAGGGUCUGUGGUGCCCUGUGCCGUGAAGCACACACAUUACCACAGAGGAGUGGGGUCCCCACAUGACACACCCCCAACUCCAGCUCCAUGUUUGCCAUAACAAAAUUAAUCUGGCUUUUAGAGCCAACCAGCUGUGGUCUCUGUCCCCUCUUCAAACUAAACACAAAUUAAUAGAAAUAUUAAACCACUUGUGCUGAGUGUGGUGGCACAUGCCUGUAAUUCCAGCACUUU